UUUCUUUAUCAUUUACUUCUGUAUUCAAAAGAGGAAAUAUAAUAUUUUACUCUUAAUUGCCCGGUUGCACAUCCUAAGAUGUCAUUCCAGCUCCUGAUCCUGCUCGCAUGGCCAGCACAUCAAUCCGAUUAGGUGUUCCUUCUUUUGCGUCGUGGCAAGCUUGAAUGCUAAUUUAGGAGAAGAAAAAAAUAAAAAUCCCUCGCACCCAGAAAUUUCGAUGGCCCACACCAACCAAAAGGACCAGCAAAAACUUCUGACCUGACUACCAAGAGGCCAUGGCCAUUGUCCGGUGAUUCGCUCUGGUGACUCACUCGAAGUAAUCCGUGUAUUUCUUGGUUUGGUUUGUGCUCUUUUUGCUGCUGCUGCUGCUGCUUGUUUCCAUUGGCAAACGUUGGCUCUCCAGCGAGCAGCGCUGAAUGGAGCACAGGUGUUCGAGGAAAUGCCUCGGUACUUACAGUUUUGUCCGCCGUCUUCCCCACGUGUAAUGCUACUAGGUUUACCAUCUUUUUAGAAGCAUAACUUAACGGUCAAAAAUUUUCAAACGUUAUAUGCUGUGUCAAACGGUCGGACUUGCAUCCACGAGCCAUGGAUUUCCACAGCCUCUCAAGGAGGCAGCUGCAGGCCCUCUGCAAGAGGAAUCGAAUUCCAGCCAACACAACCAACAUCGCCAUGGCCGACGCCCUCCAAGCUCUCCAAACUGUUGGAGGUUUGGACGAGAUCAAAGAAGCCCUGCAGUUCCAGUCUCCCUCUAAGGCAGAGGAAGGGUCGCAGGAGCUGCCGCGCUUCUCCCGGAGAACCUCGGCUCGAAGAGGGCCCAUAUCCCUUUGUCGGGCUUGUCCCGGUUGUGCGGGAACCUCACAGUCUUCACUGGUCAAGAAGAGAGCCAUGGAAGAAGAGAAGAGGGGAAAGCAAGAGAGCCAUGGGGAGAUACCUGAAACGCCAUCAACUUCCAGUCGCCGCAAGACACGAGGGUCCGGGACUCCGGGCGCUACGAGAAGAGCUGCAAAGAAGGAGAAGAUAAAGAGAUUAGAGAGCCUGUUCGAUGAACCGGAGACUCGAUUUGCUCGGAGUCCUCGGACAACGUCAGCUCUGCAGCUACUCGGCACUCCAGUGGAGGAAGAAGAGAAGGCGACGUCUUUGAGGUCCUAUAAGAGAAGGCGUUCAUCUUGUCCGAGGAAACAAAGGGAAGACGAGGUCGAUUCUACUCCCCAAAAUAGCAGGAGAUCGGAGGUUCUCGUAAAGACGGCACCUUUAGCCCAGGAACAUGCAGAAGAUGAAGAUUUCAGAGAUUUAACUAUUGGUGGCGCGAAGGCCAUCUCCAGCGAGAAAGCAAGCGCACAUAUGCUGUUUGAUCAGAUGACAAGCUCUUUUCAACCUUGUCCUCGAGAUACAGUGGAUCUUAAGGAAGAGUUUGGUGGCAAUGUGAAUGCAGUGGGGGUAAGCAAGGAGAUCAAGGAAGGUCCCAGUUUGAUCACAGAAGGAAUAAAGAAAUGCCAAAAUGAAGCAACUGGGGAAGUGAAUUCUCUUGGUUCUGGAUCCAAUGUGACAGGCCCAAAGGCUGAAGGCCAAAACUCUGAGCUCAGAUCAGUAGUGGAACUUGACCAGAAUUCAAGAAAAGAAUCAAAAGAAAGGGAUCGACAACAGGAUCUACAGCUCACUUGUUUUGAAUAUUCACCAAUGAGAGGGCUGGUGGAGUAUAAGGGAACAAAGAGAAGAACAAUGGAGGGUGGAAGAACCAAUUCAGAUGACCAAUGUCAAAAUUCCAGCUUCCAAUUUCUAGCAAAUGAGGCAACAGAGACUGACAAUAGUCAGUUCUCUCAUGAGUUUCCGGCAACCUGUCCUCCGUCAAUAAUUCUAAACUGCAAGGCAAAUGGAGAUUCAUUAGAGACGGAGGCCAAUCUAGAGCUUGCGGCUGCUUCCGGCCAAUUGAUCCUAAAGGGAACUAGAAAUUCAUUGGAUUUGGAAGCUAACCCAGAUGUCUCUUAUGAGUUUCCUGCUACAGACUGUAACAGCCGUGAUGACCUGAUUCCAACUACUGGUUAUCAAAUACUUCCAGCAUCAGAACUCCUCGAUAACAGUGGCAGCGAUGAUCCAAAAUCCAAUCCAUGUAGUGUGGAUCCAAGGAUGGAAAUCUCCAGCGAGCUUCCAGCAAGCAGCCAUCAAGCACCUGCAACAUCAGAAAUUCCACGCUUUGAUGAAGAAAGAGGUAGCACAGGUGUUGCAGUUCCUAAGAUUGAAUUCUCUGGAGAGACUCUGGAUACUUGUAGUCAGAUACCAUUGGAAAGUGUAGGCUCUGAUAGUCGAUGUGAUGUCGAUGGAAACAGAGAAAAGACGAACCUAGAUCAGUGCGACAUACUGAAGCAAGACAGCAAUUCCUCAAAUCUACGAGUUACUGCAGAAACUUCAUGUGCCGUGGAAAAAUUUUCUGGCGAGAUUUCGGCCUCUCUCAGUUUUGAUGGAUGUGAGGAUGUUACUGGCGAGAUUUUGACAGGCAGAUAUCCAGAGUCUGGGAGCAUCCCUGAGACCACCUCCUCUCCUCGUCUGCAGAUAGCAUUGCCGGAUUCAAUACUCCAGAGCUCACACUCCACUGAAUCUCCAGCCAUGAAUGGAGACCUGCUAUGUCCACCAGCAGACCCUGGUAUGCAGAGCCAACAUGCUACCGCAUCUCCAGCCAAUGUCUCCAUCGAGGUUGGAGACCCUUUGGACGCCACUGAAUCUGAGGCCGGGAUCUCAGCCAACAGCAGAGAUCUGAUCUUAGAACAAAUGAUUUCACUUUCAGGUCCAAGUUUGAACACAUUAGUUGCUACCAACCUGACCAAGUUUGCAGAGCCGAUUGAAAAACUACCAGAAAUUUACUCCUCUGGUGACAAAUUCCAGGGCAUCGGUGCUGAUAUUAUGGAGUUGGAGGGAGGAAGUAAGGAGGUGAAAUGGAGGCAAGAGCCCAUCAGUAUUUGUAGGGAGGAGGGCGUAGCAGCUAGAGCACAAACCAAGGCAGAGAAACAUAGAGCAAAGGAGGACUUGGAUAGCUUGAGCAUAAGGAAGCUAAAGAUGCUGUACAAGAAGAGAAGAAAGAGGGUGAGUCUGACUUCUUCGACAGCGGAGGAAAGAAGGGAAGAAAAGGAGCUGCAAAUUGAGGAGGGGGAGUGGACCAAACAGAAGAGUUAUUUGAAUGGUCUAAGCUUGAGGAAGCUGAGGAUGAUGUACAAGGUGGUGGCCAAAAAUAAUGCAAAGAGUUCGUAACAUGACAAUGAAGAUUUCAAGGAUGAGUCAUGACACAAAGAAACUAUUGAGAUAUAUCUACCAUCAAGUACACAAAAGAAAGGGAAGAGUGAUGGGCAGUCCAAACAUUGAAGGAGGGAAAUAUACGAAAAAACUAUUCAAGCUGUGACCUUGCAGUUGUGCUGCAUUUAAGCCACUAAUAUAGGACUACAUUUUCUUCACAUUCUAGUGCAAUUUUUGGUUAUUUCAAAUCAGUUAGUGUUACUGCUCAGUUUGUUGAUGGCCUAAAAAGGGUCUUGUGAUAGAAAAAAAGUCCGAGUUUUUGACUGGGCAUUGCUGCAACAAAUGAACUUGUAUGGCAUGGGGUUUUCUAAAUAACCUUUUUUUGUUGAAUCUAAAUAUAUAUUUUUCAAACAUGUACUAGAUGCGUUUUACUAUUGUCUCUUUUUCUUACCAACAAUCUGACAAUAAACAGUGAAUUCUCUCAUAUGAAUUGUUGGCCAUUUUUAUUUUCAAAAACAGAGAGACCUUCAUCAGAGGCACUUUCUCACUCUAGAUUCCCCACCUUCUGCCUUCACGACAUUAUUCACCAACUUUAGACUCUACCAGUAGCAUCAGUCAAUCCUAUAUUUCUAUUUAGUUAUUUCUUUAUGUCCUACGCAACUGAUCAUGGUGAUGAAUUUCAAGAGUAA